AUGGCGCGUGAUGCUGAUGGAGUUGGCUGUUCUUCAAGCUCUUUUGAUUCAACUAAGAGAUGGAAGUAUCAUGUGUUUUUGAGCUUUCGAGGGGAAGAUACUCGGAAAAAUUUUACUGAUCAUUUGUAUGCUGCAUUAAAACGCAAAGGAUUUAGAACUUUUCGGGAUGAGGAAGAACUGGAAAGGGGAGAAUCUAUUAAUCCAAGUUUAAUACAAGCAAUUGAAGAAUCUCGUUCUGCAAUUAUUGUGCUCUCCCCAAAUUAUGCUUCUUCAACUUGGUGUUUGGAUGAGCUUCAAAAGAUCCUCCUGUUGAAGGAAGAGAGAAGUCUUCAAGUAUUUCCGAUAUUUUAUGGUGUAGAUCCUUCUGAUGUUCGGAAACAAAAGGGAAGUUUUGCAGAAGCAUUCAUGAAGCAUGAAGAAAGAUUUGCUGAGGACAAACUAAAGGUGCAAAAGUGGAGAGAUGCUUUUGAAAAAGUUGCUACUUUAUCUGGUUGGGACUCAAAAAAUCGGUAUGAAAGCGAAUUCAUUGAAAGCAUUGCUGAAGAAAUGGGGUCAAAGUUACUUGAUAAAUCCGCAUAUGGUCAUGGCAAGUUAAUUGGAAUUGAACCAAAAUUAGAAAAAUUGAAGUCAAUUGUAGCAAGGGAAUCAGGAGGAGUUGGGUUUAUAGGAAUAUGGGGCACAGGAGGUGUAGGCAAAACAACUCUUGCUAGAGCCUUUUAUGAGCGGGAGCGAGAGCGCAAAAACUUUGAGAUCCACUGCUUCCUUAAUAAUAUUAGAGAGGCAUGGGAAAAAGAAGGUUUGAUUUCAUUGCCAAGAAAACUUAUUUCUUCUCUGGAUAAAAAGAGUAUGGAAGUGGCUGAUUUUUAUGAAGGAAUGGAGUUAAUAAAAAGCAAGUUGACUGACAGAAAAAUCCUACUUGUCCUUGAUGAUGUGAGUGAUAUUAGGCAACUUGAAAAUUUGGCUCCCAAGCAAGGAUGGUUCAGCGAAGGGAGCAUAAUAAUAAUAACAACUAGGGAUAAGCAAUUGUUAUCAUCACACGGUGUAUCUGCUGUGUAUGAAUUCAAAUUAUUGAGUGAUAAAGAGUCCCUUGAACUUUUCCUUCAAAAAGCUUUUAAAGAAGAGCAUCCUAAUGAAGAUUAUUUGAAACUUGCUAGAACCGUCAUUAAGUAUGCUGGAGGCCUUCCUUUAGUGCUCACAGUGUUAGGUUCAUCUCUUUGCAAAAGACCUGUAGUGGAAUGGAAGGAUGAACUAGCUAAGCUCAAGAAAAUUCCUCCAAAGGAUAUUUUGAAGAUACUUCAAGUGAGUUUUGAUGGACUGGAUGAUCAGCAGAAAACUAUAUUCUUGGAUAUUGCUUGCUUUUUCAAUGGGAUGGACAAAGAUCAUGUCAUACAAAUUUUAGAAACUUUGGAUAAGGAUCUUCACCCAAAAACUGGGAUAAAUGUUCUCAUUAAGAAAUCACUAAUAAUUACUUAUGAAGGGCAUUUGUGGGUGCAUGAAAUUCUCCAAGACAUGUGUAAAUAUAUUGUCUAUCAAGAAUCACCUUAUGAUGCAGGCAAGCGUUCCAGGAUAUUGUCUUUGGAGGAUGCCAAUCAUUCUCUCCCAAGCUUGAAGUCCCUUGAUUUAUCUCAUUCAGAAUACCUCAUCGAAACCCCAAAUUUUGAUAGAAUUCCUCAUCUUGAAAAACUGAUUCUUGAAGGGUGUUCUAACUUAGUUGAAGUUCACCAGUCUCUUGGGCAACAUAAGAGGCUUGUCACUGUUGACUUGAAAGAUUGCGAAAAAGUUAAAACCCUUCCAGAAAAGUUUGAGAUCAAUGGCUUGGAGACUUUUAUUCUAUCAGGUUGUUCAAAAGUUAGAAAACUUCCUCAGUUUGGAAAAGAUAUGACACGUCUAUCUAAGCUUGAUUUAGAGAAGACUGCUAUAGCCAAACUACCUCACUCAUUGGGCAAUUUGAUUGGUCUCGUUGAAUUAAAUUUGACGAACUGCAAAAAGCUGAUCUGUCUUCCAUGUAGUGUUAGUAAGUUGAAAGCUCUGAAAGUUAUCAAAAUUUCUCGGUGCUCAAAGUUUUCAAGGCUGCCAGAGAAUUUGAAUGAAAAUGAAGCUUUGGAAGUGCUGGAUUUGAGUGGGAUUGCUAUAAAAGGGUUGUCAUUUAGUAACUACAAUGGUGAAGCACAAUCAUCAUCAUCAUGGAGUUGCUUCUCCCUUUUUCAAAGCCCUUCAAGGUCAACAAGUUUUAUGCUGUUGCCGUCUUUGUCAUCAUUGACACAUUUAUGUUUACAAAACUGCAAUCUCCAUGACGCAUCACUUCCCGAUGAUAUCAGCAUGUUAUCAUCACUGGAAAAGUUAAAUCUAAGUCACAACAAUUUCAUUGACGUACCAUCUGGCCUCAUUUCCAAUCUUUCGAAGCUUAAAACUAUUGGUCUCUGUAGUUGCCCAAGGCUUCGGUCUUUGCCGCAACUUCCAUCAAAUCUAUCAUGUAUAUGUGCUGAUGAUUCCUCAUCAAUGAAACAUUACGGACGUGCACACCAAUUAUGGGAUUUCAUUGAAUCAUUUCAACCUCAGGUUCGCAACCAUUUAAAUAUGAAGUCAGCGAUUGUAAAAGGGGAUUCAGAAAUUUUAAUUUCCCUCUGUCCACCUUUUCGCGCAUUAACAAUUGAAGGGAGCAAAGUACCAUCAUGGUUUUAUAAUCAAAACUACUUUUGCGAGAAAGAAUUCUGGUGGUGUCCAAAUGUGUCGUUCAUAAUAAAUAUAUCCCCUGAUUAUUGUGGUUCACGUGAAUGGUUGGGCAUAGCCAUAUGCUUAGUCAUAGAAAAGGAUCGCGCAUUUGGAGAAGGGAUGGAUGCAAUUUGUUGGAGCUGCAGACUUCCUAAUGAUGAAUUUCCAAACUCGUAUCAUGUGAGUCAUGUUUAUUUAAAUAAGGCUGGGAGUCCUCAGCUUCAUAUAAUAUAUAUUCCUCAUUCCUCUUUGCUUAUAAACGGAUCCCAAAUGGUAUUUUUCUCUGAGAAUGCAAUGAAAAAUAAGUCACCAAGGAUGAAAAUAAGCAAGUGUGGGUGGCAAGCGGUGUGCAAAGAAGAUGUCGAAGCAUGGCGAAGAACAAGGGACGAAGGUUGUAGUAUCAUCAAUAACCACGUAAAGAUUGAUCCAGCCAUCAACAGUGAAGGUUAUGGUCCCUGGCCGAGACAUGAUGAUACCGUUGUAGAAGUGGAUGGCGCCUGUUCUCAUUUAGAUGACAAAGCGGCUUGUGGUGGCGUUCUUAAAGAUGGCAACAAUUGUAUGAAGGAGGCUUUUCUUCUGAAAUUAAGUGGUGGAGAUAUCCUCACAGCAAAACUAUGGGGUUGCCUGAUGGGUCUCAAAAGAGCUUGGGACGCUGGUAUUGGAUAUGUUAUCUUGAGAAGCGACUCCACUGAGACUGUUCGAUUGAUCAAAUUUGAAGUUCCUGAGACGCACAAGGAUAUUGCUGUGAUCAUGGAAAUUAAAGGGAUGUUAGAGCGGAAAUGGUUUGUGGAUAUCCAAGUCUUUCAUAGAGACGGCAAUGUCAUUGCUGGUUUACUUGCUAAAAGAGCACUUAAAGGAGCAAUGGGUCUGCAAAUCCUAGGCCCUAAGACAAUGAUGAAAAUAUUGCAGGCCACUGGUGUUACACUCGCAGAAGAUGAGAAAGAUGGAGGUUAUACUCAAUGCUCUAGACAUCAUGAUCAGUUUGUUGUUGAAGAAGAUGAGUCUAUACUUCCAAGUGAGUCAGACAGCUUCAACAAUCCCCAUAAUGAGGUUGAGAACAGAGAGGGGUUUCGUUGUUGGGAGUGGAUGUCAAACUUUUGGCAUUCUCUUGAGCAUCUAUUUCAGACUUAG